UGAUUUGAAUUGAUUUCUUUUAUAAUUUUCUUUAAUUAUUAUCUAGAUUGACUAGUGAGUGUUAUACUACAAUAGUGCACCUUUAGCCAACAUGGCGGCCUCGUUGGGACGUAUUUGCCGAUCGGGUUUUUUAAAAGCAAAUAACGGAACUUUAUACAACCAGACUUGCAAUUUUACUACAACCAAAGAAUGGUCCAGGGGCAGAAAAAUUUUGGUGACAUGCAUUGGAGUUGCAGCAGGUACUGUUGGAGCCUUCGUGUACGCUUUAGAAAACAGCGUCCACGCUGAAGAUUUAGUGGCUCAUGCACCAAAAUUCCCAUGGAGUUUUAAUGGUGGUUUUAAUUCUCUAGAUCAUGCCAGCAUGCGUCGAGGUUGGGAAGUGUAUAAAAAUGUAUGCGCUGCAUGCCAUAGUUUGAAAUAUGUCGCCUAUAGACAUUUAGUUAACAACACUCAUACCGAAGCAGAGGCUAAAGCUUUAGCAGAAGAAGUCAUGAUUAAAGAUGGACCUAAUGAUGUUGGCGAAAUGUUCAUGCGUCCUGGAAAAUUAUUCGAUUAUAUACCAAGUCCUUAUCCAAAUGAAGAAGCUGCCAGAGCAGCAAAUAAUGGCGCUUAUCCGCCAGAUCUUUCUUUCAUGCAAAAUGCAAGACACAAUGGAGAGAAUUACAUCUUUUCUCUAUUAACUGGAUAUUGUGAUCCACCGGCUGGCAUUACUUUAAGAGAGGGUCAAAAUUUUAAUCCAUAUUUCCCGGGCGGUGCUAUUGGAAUGGGUCAAGUGAUUUACGAUGAAGUAUUAGAGUUUGAAGACGGAACUCCAGCGACUGCUUCACAAAUUGCCAAGGACGUUGUCACUUUUCUCACGUGGACGUCAAAUUUCGAACAUGACGAAAGGCAAAGAUUGGCAAUAAAGGUCUUGGCAGUUGGUGGAAUGUUGGGAAUUCUUGCUUUCUAUAUCAAGAGGCACAAGUGGACUACUAUUAAAAAUACAAAAUUAGCGUUCAUUCCUGCAAAGCAAAAAAAAUAAAAUAAAUUGUCAUCGAAUAAUUAAAUUUUCAACUGUUAGCCCAAAAAAAAAAGUUGCUUGGAACGAAAAAUGUCCGGGUGCAAACAGUAGUUUUAUAUAAUAAUAAAGGAUUACAAAAAAUUUUUUUUUAAUCGGGCUGAUCUUUGUCAUCUGAUCAUCUAAAACUGCCCAUUUAUAUCCGAGCGAUAUCAUUUAUGUACAUAAAAAAAAAAAACAGUUAACAAUGACACUCAUUGUCCUGUCAAAUUAAAUCGUUAAUUCACCGUAAUUAAA